AAAAGAUUUAUUUAUUUAUUAUAUAUAAGUACACUGUAGCUGUCUUCAGACACAGAAGAGGAGGGCAUCACAUCUUGUUACAGAUGGCUGUGAGCCACCAUGUGAUUGAUGGGAAUUGAACUCAGGACCUCUGGGAGAGCAGUCAGUGCUCUUAACCACUGAGCCAUCUCUCCAGUCCUCAUUUAAAUUUCUUAAAGAACUUUUUAUUAAAGAUUAUUUAUUUAUUUUAUGUAUGUGAGUACACUGUCACUGUCUUCAGACACACCAGAAGAGGGCAUCAGAUCCCAUUACAGAUGGUUGUGAGCCACCAUGUGGUUGCUGGGAAUUGAACUCAGGACCUCUGGAAGAGCAGUCAGUGCUCUUAACCACUGAGCCAUCUUAAUUAAGCUCCUCUUAAUUAAAAAAAAUUGUGGCUGUUUUGCAUAUACAGGUGUACACUGUGUGAAUGCCUGUGGAAGCCAGAAGCAGGUAUCAUAUUCUUUGGAAUUUCAGUUAAAGACCACUGGGAGCUGGGAGCUGAACCAGGGUCCUCUGGAAAAGCAUAAGUGCUCUUAGCUGAUGGGUUAUCUUUCCACCUCCUUGUGUGAUUGUGUCUGUGAGUAUCUGCCAGAAGUCAGCAUCAGAUACCCUGAAGCUGGAGUUACAGUCAAUUAUGAGCCAUUCAAUGUUUUUUCUGAUGAUUGUAUUCUGGUCCUCAGUAAUAACAUCACGCUUAAUGGCUGAACCAUUUCUAUAUCCUCCAGUAUUUAAAGUAUCUUUCUACUGUAACCCUUGAAUCAUAAUACCAUCACUGAGAUUGGGAAUGUGUGAGAUGAGGAACAUCUUCAUGGAGAAUGGAAGUUUUCAACAUAUUGAGUUGGUGGAGCCUUUCGGCAGUAAGAAAGAACCUAGAUCUCAAAGGGCUGGAAGCUUCUAGCCUAUGUACAAUCUAAUCUGCAAAGCUGGAUCAUGAGGCUUCGACUUCUAAUCUCCACCUGCUAACCGAGGCCUACAAUGUUUCAGCCUCUGAACUCUGGCUGCUUGGGUCAACUAAGGUGUUCUGCCUCAAACUCCUUUCCAAGCUGUCUGAUCUAAUCUCGCUUCUGUCUGAAUUGCUCUGCUUGGAAAAACUGCCUCUGAACUCCAUGAACUGAGCUCUUUCUCCCUGUGUCACUCUUUUUUUUUUUUUAAGAUUUAUUUAUUAUUUAUAAGUACACUGUAGCUGUCUUCAGACACACCAGAAGAGGACAUCAGAUCUCAUUACAGGUGGUUGUGAGCCACCAUGUGGUUGCUGGGAUUUGAACUCAGGAUCUCUGGAAGAGCAGUCAGUGCUCUUAACCCCUGAGCCAUCUCUCCAACCCCCCUGUGUUACUCUUAAGUAGCCUCUCUUUCCUGUGCUAUUCUCCUGAGAGUUGGGUAUAUACUAUCUUUGACUUGUAGUGUUAAAUGUUUCUCUGAUUCAUCACUUUGUCUGCUCCUUAAUCAGAUGCCCCUUUCAAACAUUGCUGUUUCCUUCUACAAACUAACUUUACCUUCAUUGUUUGGGAUUAAAGGUGUGUACUAAGGGCAUAUUUCAGCCAGAUGGAGCAGAUUAGGUCUUUGGAUGUGAUUCCUUGCCAGAGUAGCCAUGUUGGAUUAAAAUUCUUCUACAGUUAUUGUAUCAAUCGUAAAUGAACCUGUGGCAUGAAUUUGUCAUGAGAAAAACAUGAUUGAGAUGAGAAACUACAGUCAAAAUUUGAGAAACUCCAACGCUUGACAAUUCUGCAUGUGAAGUUUAGCUUUGUAGGCCUGUUCAAACUGUACACAUUCUACCAAAAAGCUUGUCUUCAGGCUUCCUGGGAAAUAACUCCAAGUCCUUGGAAUAUUCUAGUAAGAGUUUUUGUCUGCUCGAGGAAUUGGCCAUAGUGUACGUGAGAUAUCACGAGAAUAUUGCAUGCCUAUAGGAUUGACUCCCAGUAAAAGUUCUGACAGCAUGGCUUGGGUGAGCUUCCCUGAUUGGGAGCACGAUCUACAUGUUGAUACAUAUCACUGUUGGGCAAACUAAUUUAACUCUAAGACAAAGGGACUCAUGGAAACUUUGAGCCUGCUUUCCACUGGGCUUUGCUCUCCUAGACCUGUCAACUUCAAUAAAUUAUAGCAGACUUUUGAAAUUUUGUAGCUCCACUCAGCAAAUCACUGAGCCUAAGGCUGGUACUGGGGGCCUCUGACACAGUCUGUAGUAUGGAAACUACAUGUUCUAGUGGCAGGAGGACAAUUAGGAGAGGGUCAUGUCAUAAGAGACAAGGAAAUUAUUCUGACAAGGGAGAUGGCAACAGUGUUAAAUGGCCUUGAGAAGAAAAUGAAGGUUUGGAAUCAAUCAGGCACACUGAAUGUAAAAAUAUGCAUGUAAACCACAAGGUUGGAGAAACUGUCUUGGCAGAGUGGUAUGAAUGGAAAUCUGGGCAGUCUGGAUUUAGGAGUAAAUGGAAUAUGACAAAAAAAGAAAUAUCUUUAGAGACACAUGAAAAAACUGAAAGGUGUUUUUUUCAUAUUUAGAUAAAAAUGCAUCACGACUAUUUGGUUAUUUUUUAAAAAUAAGGGUUCCUUUUUUGUCCACAUCCUCUAACAUUUGUUUUCAGUGCUUUUGAUGAUUGCCAUUUUAACUGGGGUAUAGCGGUAUCUCGAAGUAGUUUUUAUUUGAGUUUCCCUGAUGACUACGGAAGUUGAACAUUUUAAAAAAUAGUCAUUGGUCAUUUAUUUGCAUUUUUUAAAGUAUCUAUUCCUUAGCUCAUUUGAUGACUGGCCAUUUUAGUUGCUUGGUAUUCACUUUUCCCAGUGUUCAGUAAAUUCUGGGUAUUAGGCCCUUGUCUGAGCUAUAACUGGUAAAGCUUCCCUCCCAUUCAGUGCAGUCUCUGUGCUCUACUGACAGCUCCUUUGCUGAGUAGAAACUUUCCCAUUACACGUAGUCUCCAUCUGUUUACACUUGUGGCUAAUUCUGUGUUAUUAUUCUGUUUAGAAAGUUCUUGCCCAGCCUAGUGAUUAUUUAAUAGCCUACGAUAUUGAAUUUGUACUAUGAAAAACCUUUACGAUGGCUAUACUAUGUGAAUCAGAGAUUCCAUUUUUAAAAAUAUUCAGAAUAGAGACAUGUGAAGUAUAAGGCUUAUCACAGUAUUAAAAAUUAGAAACUACCUUAUUGUUUAGCAAUAGAUAGCCAAAUGCAUAAUAGUACAUUCAUAUAAUAUUAAAAAUCUACUUAUUGUCUAAACUAGUAUACAUUUUACUAAUUGCCAGAGUUAGGGAUAAUAUGCUUGGAAGCACUUUGUAAAUUGGAAAUUUCUGCUUCUGUACUGUUGCAUUAUUUCUGGAAUACCAAUGUGCUCCUCAGUGAAAUACAGAAAAGCUGAUGAUUAGAUGCUGAUUAGAUGCAGAACUGUUCUCUUUGAUAUUUGUGGUUUUCAAACUUGGUGACAGAGCAUAUGGAAAUUAAAGUGUUCUUUGCACACCUUUGCACACCUCAGUGACAUACUUCCUUCUGAUCCUUUUAAGCAGCUCUGCUCCCUGGUGACCAACCACUCAAAUAAAUGAAACUGUGGAGGCCAUUCUUAUUCAAACGGGUACAAAUGUUAUCUCGUAUUCCUCCUUUCCUUGUCGCAGCCAUUCCACUCACACUACUUCCAGGGUCUGUGUUUGCCUCAGGCCCUUUGUUUUUUGCCACCUGCUCCUCUAUCUGGAAUACUCUUGUGCAAGCCAGGUUUCUUCACCUUAUCAGCAGAGCCCUUGCUCAAUCAGCACACAUCCUUCACACCUGUCUUAUUUCUACUCCAUAGCAUUUAUCACUCCUUGAUAUGCUAUCCUUGUUCAUCCUUUAAACUGUCAACAUCUUGAAGGCAGAGAGCUUCUUUGUUCUCUUGCAGGAGUCCCAAUGUUUCUAUCUUAACACAUAAGUCGAAGAGAUUUUGAAGGAAUUGAUGAAAAACCUUUUUCUGUGAAUUUAAAAACUCACCCAAAUAAAUUUCCUGUAAAACAUCUACUGUCCAGGAUGGACUUCUGAGACUAACAUUAACAGCUGUUGCACUACAUCAUGUCCCCUCCCCCAUUUGUUUUUGGAGGCAAGGUCUUCCUCUGAAGCCUGAAGCCUAAGCUGGCCUGGAACUCAACAGCCUCCCCGCAGGUGACUACAGGUGGGCACUAUAUCGUGUUACACUUGUUCUGGCAGCGCUGGUUAAGUGAAGGUGUGAUGGCAGCCUGAGGCAGAGGCCCGAUAACAACAAAACAAAACCCUUUCAGAAAGCUUCCGAGACUGAGGUGGUGAGGACAGUCAGCUGGCUUACUCUGAGUGAGACCCUCAGGAUACAAUAUUGGUUAGAAACGUGGUCUCCCAAACUGGCACAUCAGCCACAGGGACUUUUCAACAUUCAUCUGCUUUCCAACUUCCUGAUUCUGUUUUGGGGUGUGGCCCUGGCAUCUCUGUUUAGAAAAAGCUCAUUUGAUUGGCUUUCAGGUAUGCAGCAACGUUGGAGAAUCACCUUAAGAAGCUAAAAAUAGCUAUUAGGAGACUUCUCUCUCCCCGCAGGAGUCUAUAUAUCUGGAGACCUUAGGGGUGUGUGUUGGGGGGGAAGGUCUGCGCAGCCGCUCUCUGGAGUCACAGCCCUCUAGGGAACGCGGUCCAGCAACAACCAGCGAAGACCCAGGUGGUCCGCACCUCUUAGGUAGGAGGCCUCCGCGUCCAAGCGCGCGACCGGGGAAGCUUCCGCGGAGGCGCGCCCGUCGCAGGGGACGGCGUCGCCGCGGAGACGCUCGCUUGGGGGCGAACACAAGCUGGCCUCCUACCCUUGCACGCUUUCCCUCCUUUCUAGCCGCACUACCGCGGCUUCGGCGCUAGCAGCCAAUCCCACGUCAUAGAGACCCAGUUCCACCAGCUCCUACCGAGCUACAGAAUUCCAGCUCUGUGGCAACGAACGAGACCGAGGCGCGGAGCAGCACCGCGGUCUACUCCGCGUGCGCGCUCGCGGACGGAGUUCCCGCCUCCCUCGGGAGGACGUCGUUGGUGUAAUACGGUGUCCAGUAUGUCGUCAAGAAUGCAGACAGAUAGAUCUUGUGGAUAAUUAUUUUGUGAAAGACACAUCUGAAGCUCCUAGCAGUUCUGAUGAGAAAUCAGAACAGGUAUGUACUAGUUGUGAAGACAAUGCAAGUGCAGUUGGUUUUUGUGUAGAAUGUGGAGAGUGGCUGUGUAAGACAUGCAUUGAAGCACAUCAAAGAGUAAAAUUCACUAAAGACCAUCUGAUCAGGAAAAAAGAAGAUGUCUCAGAGUCUGUUGGAACAUCUGGUCAGCGUCCAGUAUUUUGUCCUGUACAUAAACAAGAGCAGUUGAAACUAUUCUGUGAAACAUGUGAUAGACUGACGUGUAGAGACUGUCAGCUAUUGGAGCACAAAGAACAUAGGUAUCAGUUUUUAGAAGAAGCUUUUCAAAAUCAGAAAGGUGCAAUUGAAAAUCUGUUGGCUAAGCUUCUUGAAAAGAAGAAUUACGUUCAUUUUGCAGCAACACAAGUGCAGAAUAGGAUUAAAGAAGUAAAUGAGACUAACAAACGAGUAGAACAGGAAAUUAAAGUGGCCAUCUUCACCCUUAUCAAUGAAAUUAAUAAGAAAGGAAAAUCUCUCUUACAACAGUUAGAGAAUGUUACAAAAGAAAGACAGAUGAAGCUAUUACAGCAGCAGAAUGACAUCACAGGGCUCUCCCGGCAGGUGAAGCAUGUUAUGAACUUUACAAACUGGGCCAUCGCAAGUGGCAGCAGCACGGCACUACUUUAUAGCAAGCGUCUGAUUACUUUUCAGUUACGUCAUAUUUUGAAAGCACGAUGUGAUCCUGUCCCUGCUGCCAAUGGAGCAAUUCGUUUCCACUGUGACCCCACAUUCUGGGCCAAAAAUGUCGUGAAUUUAGGUAAUCUAGUAAUAGAGAGUAAACCAGCUCCUGGUUAUACUCCUAAUGUUGUAGUUGGGCAAGUUCCUCCAGGGACAAACCACAUUAGUAAAACCCCUGGACAGAUUAAUUUAGCACAGCUUCGACUCCAGCACAUGCAGCAACAAGUGUAUGCACAGAAACAUCAGCAGUUACAACAGAUGAGAUUGCAACAGCCACCAGCUCCUGUACCAACAACAACAACAACAACACAGCAGCAUCCUAGGCAGGCAGCCCCACAGAUGUUACAACAACAGCCUCCAAGAUUGAUCAGUGUGCAAACAAUGCAAAGAGGCAACAUGAACUGUGGAGCAUUUCAGGCCCAUCAGAUGAGACUGGCGCAGAAUGCUGCCAGAAUACCCGGGAUACCCAGGCACAGUGGCCCUCAGUACUCCAUGAUGCAGCCACAUCUCCAAAGACAACAUUCAAACCCAGGACACGCUGGACCCUUUCCUGUUGUAUCAGCACACAACCCAAUCAACCCAACAAGCCCUACCACAGCAACUAUGGCAAAUGCAAAUCGAGGUCCCACCAGCCCAUCGGUCACAGCAAUAGAAUUAAUACCCUCAGUCACCAAUCCAGAAAACCUUCCAUCGUUGCCAGACAUUCCACCUAUACAGUUGGAAGAUGCUGGCUCAAGUAGUUUAGAUAAUCUACUGAGUAGAUAUAUCUCAGGCAGUCAUCUACCCCCUCAACCUACAAGUACCAUGAAUCCUUCCCCUGGACCCUCUGCGUUAUCACCUGGAUCUUCAGGCUUAUCCAAUUCUCACACACCUGUGAGACCCCCUAGUACGUCUAGUACUGGCAGUCGAGGCAGCUGCGGAUCAUCAGGAAGAACUGCUGAGAAAAGUGCUCAUAGUUUCAAGUCUGAUCAGGUGAAGGUCAAGCAAGAACCUGGGACUGAAGAAGAGAUAUGCAGCUUUUCAGGAGCCGUGAAACAAGAGAAGACAGAGGAUGGCAGGAGGAGUGCCUGUAUGUUGAGCAGUCCUGAGAGUAGUUUGACACCACCUCUCUCAACUAACCUCCACCUAGAGAGUGAGCUGGAUACCUUAACAAGCCUGGAAAACCAUGUGAAAACCGAACCAGCAGAUAUCAGUGAAAGCUGCAAACAAUCAGGACUCAGUAGCCUAGUUAAUGGGAAGUCUCCAAUUCGAAACCUCAUGCACAGGUCGGCAAGGAUUGGAGGAGAUGGCAAUAGCAAAGAUGAUGACCCAAAUGAAGACUGGUGUGCCGUCUGCCAGAAUGGAGGGGAUCUUUUGUGCUGUGAAAAAUGUCCAAAAGUCUUUCAUCUUACUUGUCAUGUUCCAACACUUCUCAGCUUUCCAAGUGGAGACUGGAUAUGCACAUUUUGCAGAGAUAUUGGGAAGCCAGAAGUUGAAUAUGAUUGUGAUAAUAUGCAACAUAGUAAGAAGGGGAAAACUGCACAGGGCUUAAGUCCUGUGGACCAAAGGAAAUGUGAACGUCUUCUGCUUUACCUCUAUUGCCAUGAAUUAAGUAUUGAAUUCCAGGAGCCUGUUCCUGUUUCGAUACCAAACUACUAUAAAAUUAUAAAGAAACCAAUGGAUUUAUCAACGGUAAAGAAGAAGCUUCAGAAAAAACAUUCCCAGCAUUACCAAAUCCCAGAUGACUUUGUGGCUGAUGUCCGUUUGAUCUUCAAGAACUGUGAAAGGUUUAAUGAAAUGAUGAAAGUUGUUCAAGUUUAUGCAGACACACAAGAGAUUAAUUUGAAGGCUGACUCAGAAGUAGCUCAGGCAGGGAAAGCAGUUGCAUUGUACUUUGAAGAUAAACUCUCAGAGAUCUACUCAGACAGGACCUUCGCUCCUUUGCCAGAGUUUGAGCAGGAAGAGGAUGAUGGUGAAGUAACAGAAGACUCUGAUGAAGAUUUUAUACAGCCUCGUAGAAAACGCCUAAAGUCAGACGAGAGACCAGUACAUAUAAAGUAAAAUGACGUGGACUUAAAUCAGUUGUUUUUAAGAAGAAGGAAACAAACAAAACACUCUUUUAUUUAAGUGUUACUGGAAUAUCCUGUGUACAGUGGUUUUUACCUCCUUACAGAAGCUGGUAGCUUUCAUACAGUAUUAGAUUGAAAUAAUGGACACAAAAAACAUUCUUGUCAAGAAAAGGAGAGAGAACUCUGUUUGCUACUUUAAGAACAAAAUUAGAAGUGAAAAGGUUUGGGGAUUUGUUACAAAUGAAGAUGGUUCUCUGGCUGUUAGAAAUGUAGAUGAUCAUGUGUGUUAAUUGGUGCAGGAUACUGAGUCUGGCAAGCCUGCAAGGCUCAUGUUGGGAGAUGUGUCUCUGCUAGAGCACACAGUUACUCAGACACUGUAAAAGCCUCUCCUCCACAGACACAAAUGGGUUGUUUUCUGGUUAAAAAUGAGUAGAUCCGAUUCCACUUGAAUGUCACUAAAGAUGCAUUGAAUCAUGCCACUGUAUUUUCUCUCAUUUUGAUCUAUCGGGCCUUAGUUUUUAAAUUGGUUUAAAGAACUCAGCAGUAGUUUUAUUUUCUUCUUAGAUGUAGGGUCUAGGAACAUAACCAUUGAUCAUUUAGUCAACUUCAGUGGUGUACUAAAAUGAUAACUUUCAGUCGUGGAUCAUACAGAAAACCCUUCUGGAAAUUACACUUACUGGUCAAAUCAUCUGAUCACGCAGUUAUUCCCUUGAAAGACAGAACAUUUAUUUCAGAAUUUUCUGUAUAGGUAAAUUAGAUUGAGAAGGUGACAACUAACUUUAACCCGGUCUCUCUUCAUACCAGUUUCCAGUAGACCACUAUUGGUAAACAGAAAUCUGUCAGCUACCAAAUGUGUACAAUUUUCUGUAUUUCACUUUGUCUUAUUUGUAAAUAGUGAGCUCAGACUUCUGGCAGAUCAGCAACAUUUGCUGAGCCUGUUUUUUAAGCUAAUGUGUAUUCUUACUAAUGUUCCUAUCAAGAAUGGAUUUGUAAUAUAUGCUGUCUAUUUCUAAUGUUCACAUUCAUAUUUUGAGGUUCUAUCUUAUUUUAAUAGAGAACAGACGUCUCAAAAAAUCUUCAGAAGCAGCUUAUUAUUGAAAUAUCAAAAUAUUGAAAUAAACCCGGUGGGGUUAGAUUACUCAUCUGUCCACCAAGUGGGACACGUGCAUGGACUGGGGGCUUUAAAUGACUUAGAAGAGACCUUUAAGUAAAUCCUGAAGACGAGCCAAUCCCCACUUGAAUGGUAAUUGGAACAAACCUAACGUUAUUUACUACCUGAUGGCAGGAGCAGAACCUGAAGCAGAUAGACCUACUUGCUCUGGUUUAUUUUUCUCCUCUUCGUUGUGAUGCUCAGAUCAAGUGUGCUCUAGACUGUGUGCGCCUCUCCGCUGGAUUAAGAGUUGUAGUCCUACUUCUGUACGGACACAGUAGAAUAUAAAGUGACCAAAGUAGAAUUCAACAUCAGAAACAUUUCAGGUGUCAGCAGAUGUGUGGCAAAUCAUUUGCCUCUUAAAAAAUUCAACGUAAGCAGUUCAAACUGUAGACCUCCUCAGAAAACUAUUUGACGUAAUUGUCGAAGAAGUGAAUAUUUUUAGUGUGCAUUGAAUCAAAUAAAGUGCUCUAAAGAAGUUACUACACAGAUUCCUUUGGGUUUUUCUUAAGGGAUAUGGGUAACGAGGAGUGGGACUUAGGCCUUUCCAUAUUACACUUAAAAGGAUUGUCAUUCUUACCUCAUCUCCUGCUUUCCAUUAGCUUCUCUUCCCUUAUAAAUUAAGCUUCAGUUUUUUUGUUUUUUUUUUUUUUGUUCUUUUUUUAAAUGCUCCAAACCAUUUACUAUUUUAUUUCAUUUUUUAUUAGGGGAAGAGAUUUUGUUUCUAAAAUAUUUUUUUUAUUUAUACCUAUUUUCUUUGGCGUCCAUGAUUUUAAUUUGUAAGUAGAUGAAUCUCUAAGGGUACAUUUUUGGCAGUGGGGGAAUGGGGGGUUGACUUCAUUUUCUGAAACCUCUGAGUUCAGUGUUUUAUAUUUGCUUCUCAUAUGAAUCCUUUUCAAAAUUUUUAGCAAUAAAUUACAAAUAAGCUCUGUUAAGUGGGACAAACACAGGUUUUUCAGCAAAUAUUUCUCAAUAUUUGAAGCCCUGAGAGAGAAUGUGUUUCAUAAAGGCAUUCUUAUAUUACUUGGUGUUUUGUUUCCCUUUGUUUAAGACCAUCAAUUCAGAAGCUUCUCUCCGACCAGUGUUUCGUAGGCUGUUUUUGUUAGCAAAGGUGCCCCACUGCUGAGGAAUGGAUUGCUAUCAACAAUACACUCUUAAAUGAUAGUCACUUUAACUUUUAUAAAGCCCUUUUUUGCACACUGAUCAUUGUGUUUUCUAGGCUUUAACAUAAGUAUGUCUACAAAGUAGAAAAACAAUUCUUAUUUAAAUUAUCUCGUUUCCCUGUUUAUAUUUUUAAAAUACAAAUAACAGAAUAUCUGUUAACUCCCGGAUGUGGGUAUGAUAUUCCCAUGUUGUAUUCUUUGUUAGAAUCUGUACCUUAAAUUUUGAGAAGUCCACAUAAUGAUGAUCUCUUAAAAUCCUUCAAAGUUCUUGAUGAACUUAGGGUCAUUUUUUCCAUCAGGAAACUAAACGUUCCUCAGCCUGCUCUGCUGGCCUUAAUUUAUGUAUCAAUUUACAUAUCUCAGCACUUGACUCUGCUACUUGAUUGAGUGAGUGAACUGUACAUCAGGCCCAGUGUUAAGGGCUCUAGGGUCUGGUUUGAUCAUGGACUUUGCUCUAUAUGCAAACAUCAAACUAUUACCACAGAGCUAUGAUAAAGCAUUAGAUCCCCUUUGGAAUCAGCGGGUUUUUUCCACUUCUGUUUCUUAUGAGGGAAUUUUAGGUCAUUACAAGUCAGUUCUCAUUCUUUUAACAAGUUUGAGUUUUUUUUUUUUUUUUUUUUUUUUUUUUUUUUUUGUUAACCCAAAGACAUAAUGCUUCAAAGUGUGCAAAUUAUAGUUUUAUCGAUUACCUCAGCAGGUAUCCUGCCACGUAAUUAUUAGUGAGUUAGUGUCAGUAACCUAAAAGAUUCAGGUCUUCCGACUAUGCCCUUAAGUUGUGGCUUACCACUUGUUAUUGAACAGUUUUUUCUAAAAUGUGGAUGGGGAGUAGAUGCUGUACUCCCCUCUCCUUAGCUUUUACAUCUGGUACCCAGCCUCAUUCGCAUACAGCACAUAAAGUACAAAAACGUCUAUAUCUUGUAGCCAGCAUUGGAUUGGAUCAGUAAGUGGUUUUCUUAAUUAAAAAAUUAAGAAAACAAAAGACUACCAACCCUAACUCCCUGAGUUGAAAUAGCUUCUUUGAGCUGGACAGAUGACAUGAGUAAAAAGCAUGAGUGCCACAAGCAUGAAGAUCUGAGUUUGAAUCCCCAGCACCUACGUACAGGUGGGUACAGUAGUGUGCAUCUAAGCCCAGUGCUCCUACAGAAAGAUAGGCAGAGGUAGUUUCCAGAAGCCCUUUGAGUAGCUAACCUGGCAUAUUCAGUGCUGAAUCCCUUUCUCAAAGGUCGAAGGUGAGGACUAGCACCGGAAGUUGCCAUCUGACCUGCACCCUAGCACAUAUGCCCUCACAUACAUGCAAACAUACAGACCUCCACACAUGCACCCUGGCAUACAUGCCAUCACAUACAACUUGUGAGUGUAUACACCACGCAUGUGACCUCAAAACAUGCAAGUGGAUAUGCCAAUUUUGCCUCCUUGCUAAUUAUCUGCUGAAAGAUGUUUAAGAUUUUUAAAGUAUCAAAGUUGGAUCAUAAACCCAACUUCAAUGUUAACUUCUUUCUCCCAGUUAAUACUUCCUUGAUAAAGCAAUAACGCUGCUUUGAGUCUGUUGCCUAGUAAAUAGCAUGUCAUAAUCCUGCUGGAUGGUGAUUUUAUAGGAAAGUUUGUAUGCAUAUCACCCAAUCUAUCUUUUAAAAAAAGUAAAAAAUUUAAAUGUAUGCUGGAAGUAAUGACAAUAUAUUGUGGCAUUUUAUUUUAAAAAAAUUGGGGAAAGUUGCAUAUUUUUUUAAAAGUAGCUGUUUGAGUAAAAAAACUGAAGGUACUUUUUUAAGGAAAAAAUUUAUAUGCCACAGUUUACAUAGACAUUUCCAAUUUCAGCAUUUACUCUCGGAUAUACUGGCUUCUUUACUUGGAUAAAUGCAUGUUUUCCUUGGUCAAAAGUGCAUCACUCUGAACUUAGUUACUUAUGUUUCCUUACAGUACCCUUUAUAUAUUUUUAUUGUAUCUAGAAGCAAAAUUAUCUUUAAAAAAAUAAGUUGGGCAUAUUUGUCAAACUACAGAAUGUAUAGAAUCAAGGCUAUCCCUUUUCUAGCAAGUGUUACUUAAAACUGAAAACGAUACUGUGUUACAGUCAAGAGAUUCCUAUGAAGGCACAAAGGUGAUUUUCUAAGUGUCACAUACUCCAUUCAUUUGUGGCCUAAAUUUCAUGUUGAGAAUGCCUGCUUCUGCUCUGAACAAUGUGGGCAUUUACUCUGUUUUACAGCAGUGAAACAUGGAUGUGAGCCUACGGUGCAAGGUGUGCGCAAUUGGAAACCUGUUGAUUUUUCUAUGUGGACAUAUCUACACACAAGGGUUAAACUCACAGCCUUACUAGUUCCUUGCUUCCAGUAUUUCAACUGGUCUCCCCUCAUUACUACUAUUUUUGCACAUAGUUAAACUACCCUUCAGAAUGAUUCUUAAAAAGUGCUGUUUCUGUGGUAUUGUAUUCUCUAAAUGAUCAUAUUUAAUUUUUUAAACAAGGUUACAAUUUCUAAUUGUUCUGUUCCUGUGUUUUUUGCUGCGUGUAAUAAAAGCAAGUUUUUCUUUUUAUGGUUAUUUAAUACAUUAGCUGCCUGUAAAUAAUUCUUGUUACAAUGCUCUGGAAUGUGUUGUAGAAGUUGUACUAGAUUAGUUUGAAGCCUUGUUUAAAAACCACAUUGUUUUGGCUAUUUCUAUUAAAUUAGAAAAUUGCAAAAGUUUUCAAA